AGUUAGUGUGUGUAGCUGAUGCUAAGCUAACGGCUAACAGCUUCAUUAGGUUAUCAGUGACCUUCAUCAUCAUCAUCAUCAGCAGCAUCAUCAUGGAGCUCAGAGCCGCCUGCCUCUACCUGCUGCUGUCAGGAUGCAUUGCUGCCGCCUCUGAGAGGAACGACAACGUUUACGUGUCCGGGAUCUCCAACGCCUGUGGGGAGGGGGCGGAGCUCCUGUGGGCCUCUAGCGGAGUCAUCACCAGCCCCGGUUGGCCGUUCCAGUAUCCGGCCCGACUGAACUGCAGCUGGAACAUCAGAGCCCGACCCGGAGACACCGUCACCAUCAGCUUCCAGGACUUUGACCUGCAGGGUUCCCACCGCUGCUCCUCAGACUGGAUGUCUGUCAGCAGCUACAGGAACCUGGAUGGACUGCGGGUCUGCGGUUCCUCCCUUCCGCCCCCCUACAUCUCCUCCCAGGACCACGUCUGGAUCCACUUCCACUCUGACGAUAGCCUGACGGGGAAGGGCUUCAGACUGUCCUACAUCUCUGGUAAGCUGGAGGCUUCCAGCUGUGACGUGGACCAGUUCCACUGCUCUAAUGGGAAGUGCAUCCCGGACUUGUGGCGCUGCAACUCGAUGGACGAGUGCGGAGACAACUCAGAUGAGGAGCUGUGUGUGGAUUCUCCCUUCUCCUUCCAGCCCUGCAGUCUGAACCAGUUCCCCUGCCUGUCCCGCUAUACCCGCAUCUACACCUGCCUGCCGCACAGCCUGCGCUGCGACGGCAGCAUCGACUGCCAGGACCUCGGGGAUGAGAUCGACUGUGACGUUCCCACUUGUGGAGAAUGGUUGAGGAACUUCUACGGUUCCUUCAGUUCUCCAAACUACCCCGACUUCUACCCUCCAGGAAGUAACUGCACCUGGCUGAUUGACACCGGAGACCACAGGAAGGUCAUCCUGCGGUUCACAGACUUCAAACUGGACGGCACCGGUUACGGCGACUACGUGAAGGUGUACGACGGUUUGGAGGAGAACCCUCGCCGGCUCCUCAGGGUUCUCACCGCCUUCGACUCCAGAGCGCCGGUCGCCGUGGUUUCAUCGUCCGGUCAGCUCCGAGUUCACUUCUACGCCGACAAGAUCAACGCGGCCCGAGGGUUCAACGUCACCUACCAGGUGGACGGGUUCUGCCUGCCCUGGGAGGUUCCCUGCGGGGGGAACUGGGGCUGCUACACAGAGCAGCAGCGGUGCGACGGGUACUGGCACUGCCCCAACGGCCGGGACGAGCUGAACUGUUCGUCCUGCCAGGAAGACGAGUUCCCCUGCUCCAGAAACGGAGCCUGCUACCCUCGAUCGGACCGCUGCAACUACCAGAACCGCUGCCCCAACGGCUCCGAUGAGAAGAACUGCUUCUUCUGCCAGCCGGGGAACUUCCACUGCAAGAAUAACCGAUGUGUGUUUGAGUCGUGGGUGUGUGACGCUCAGGACGACUGCGGCGACGGCAGCGACGAGGAGCGAUGUCCCGUCAUCGUUCCAACGAGAGUCAUCACGGCCGCCGUGAUCGGCAGUCUGAUCUGUGGCCUCCUAUUGGUCAUCGCCCUCGGCUGCACCUGCAAACUCUACUCGCUGCGCAUGUUCGAACGCAGGUCAUUUGAGACGCAGCUGUCCCGGGUGGAGGCGGAGCUACUGAGACGAGAAGCCCCGCCCUCAUACGGUCAGCUGAUCGCUCAGGGUUUGAUCCCACCUGUAGAGGACUUCCCCGUCUGCUCUGGGAGCCAGGCUUCGGUUCUGGAGAACCUGCGUCUGGCGGUCCGCUCUCAGCUCGGCUUCACCUCUCUGCGCCUCCCAUCCACCGGUCGUCAUAGCAACCUGUGGCGCCGGCUCUUCACCUUCUCGCGGUCUCGGCGGUCCGGUUCUCUGGCUCUGGUCUCGGCGGACCUGGAGGACGGCGCCGGGACAGGGAGCGCCGGGAGUUCUGGUUCGGACCUGCUGUCUCCGGACUCGGAUGACACGGACACGGAGGGCGAGCGGGGGGGGGUGCGCGGCGUGGGAGCCGUGGGCGGCCCGGUGGCCCCCGUCCCCCAGAAGACCCCCCCCUCCGGCGCCGUGGAGGCCGUGGUCUCCGUGGCGACCUCGGCGACCGGCCGAGUCCGAGACCGUCCCAGAGAGGCCCCGCCCACCUCUGGCCCCGUCGCCGUGGUAACUCCGAGUCCGGACCCCGACGUCGGGGUCCGGGUCCCACCCCCCUCUGCCCUGCGGCGCCUGGCCCAGAACCUGCACCGCCUCGCCAGAACCCUGACCGGGACCGGACAGAACCCGCAGAACCAGACCUGGACCAAUCACAGUCCGCUCCGCCAGCUGGAGACAGGAAGGGGCGGGGCCGACGGCGGCGAGCGCCGAGGGAGCGGAGAAGAAGAAGAAGACGUGGAGCUGCUGAUCCCCGACUCCGACUCCUCUUCCUCGUCCUCAUUGGUCGGUGACGUCCGGCAGCCGCUGCUGGAGCCACGCCCCCCCUCCGCUGGCCACGCCCACUGCCAUCACCAUGGUAACAGCGGGCGAGGCUGCGGCGGCCCCUGCGAACACUGCGGCAUCGUACACACGGCGCGCAUCCCUGACGCCUGCCUGGAGGCGGCAAGGAGGACCGAGAGCAGCGACGACGAGCUGCUGCUGCUCAGCUAACGUGCUAACGAACAGGCUAACCUGCGGAGCUAACGUGCUAACUGACUUAUAAUGCUUACGCUACUCUCAGUUAGCUAACAUGCUAACACUUCAGUGUUAGCAUGUUGGCUAGCUGCACUACAGUUAGCCAACAUGCAACACUUGUUAGCAUAUGUUAGCGUGUUAGCUCUCAGCAGGUUUUGGCCUCCAGUGAUGUCGGAGAAGAACGGACCAAUCAGAGGCUGUGAGGGGAGUGAUGUCACUGAUUGGACUCGAUGUUGGUGCGACCAUAUAAACUGUCCCCUGUUGUUCCCGCUCCGUCCGUUAAAACGCUCCCCGAUGGUACGACUGUAAACUCUGCUGUGCAACACACUAAAUGUUCCCUGCUUGUUUCAACUCAGAGGGUCACAUGACAGACGGAGGGUCACAUGACAGACGGAGGGUCACAUGACACAUGACAGAGGGAGGGUCACAUGACAGACGGAGGGUCACAUGACAGACGGAGCUGCUCCCUGUAUAAUAAACAUUACAUAGUUCACUCAGCAGUAAAUCAUCAUUCUGUGCCGUCAGACGUGUGACUGUAGUUUUCACUUCUUUAAAAUGUGGAACACUACUUUUUCCUUCCAUGGCAAACAUUGAGGAACAUUUGAGGAACAUCUGAGGUUCUAUAGAGCAGAAACAUUCACACACUCAGACAAUGAGACAGUGAAGGAUAAAUGUGAGACAACCUGAAGGUUUAAUAAUGUUCUUCAUGUUUAAACACCUCAGCAGGUCAUGUGACCCUCAGUAUCAUGGUUCCUCCAGGUUCUAAAGGGAACAGAUGUUCUAACAGCAGGUCAAAGGUCAUGAGUCGUGUUUACACUUUAACAACAGAACUGUGUGUGUGACGCCCCGCCCCCCCCCCCCCCCCCCGUCCCUCAGACUGAAGCCAUUCACACUGACGUCUGUAUUUAUGCUGUUUUACAGUUUUUGGUACUCAGAUCAGAUCUCAGCUGACCUCGUGUGACUGUAUAUUUAUUAUUAUAAUUAUUAAUAUGAUGUUCUUACUGUGUUCUCGUUGUGUUCUCGUUGUGUUCUUACGGUUCUUGUGUUACUUUGCGGUUGUGUAGAUAUUUCGGACCUGCAUGAUUCCAGAUGUUUGAUGUUAGUUUUUUUUUGAGUCUGUAAAGUUACAAACUGUUAAACUGCACUAAAGAUUAAAGGUUCAC